UAACAGAAGCUGUGAAGACAUCAACUUCACAAGCAACAAUAUUGCAAACUUCAGUGCUGACAACAACUGUGGUGAACGCUACAAAUGAAUCCAUCCCAAGCAACUCCAUGCCUUCUUCACCUAAUACUACACAACAAAUAACACAAGGUGCAGCAACACAACCACCAGUAAAAGUGACCACUAUAGCAGCAGAUAAAAGUGGCAGCACAACAAACACUACACAAGAAAGUGGAACACAGUUGACACAAAAUGAGAGUUCAGAUGCUUCAUCUACUGAGGGAUCUUCUUUUUCUUCUACGACCUCUCUUCACAAUACCACUUCUGCUCCUGGAACCUCAAGCUUUCACGUGAGCUCCCUGACGAAAUCGACAACUUCUGACAGUUCUAGAAGCAGUCCUGGAAACAAGAAUGCAUCAGAGAGCCCUAUCCACUAUUCCAGUGUUAUCUUGCCAGUUGUCAUCACCUUGAUAGUCAUUACCCUUUCUGUCUUCUCACUGGUGGCUUUGUACAGAAUGUGCCAGAAGAAAACUCCAGAGGGACAAGAGAACGGCACUGAACAGGCUCAGUCAGAUAAAGAAGGAGUCAAACUUCUUUCUGUGAAGACAACUUCUCCUGAGACUGGAGAGCACUCAUCUCAGGGGAAGAAUAAAACUCGGCAACUCUUCACACCUCAGCAAUAA